GCAUCAGCUGGUGCCGGUGACAGAGCAGCGGGAGGGUCGCCGGAUCCGCCGCCAUGGGCGAAGCGGAGAAGUUCAGCUACGUGUACAGCUGCGAUCUGGACCUGAACGUGCAGCUGAAGAUAGGCAGCUUGGAGGGGAAGAGAGAACAGAAGAGCUACAAAGCGGUUUUGGAGAACCCCAUGCUCAGGUUCUCGGGGUUGUACCAGGAGACUUGUUCUGACCUGUAUGUCACCUGCCAGGUCUUUGCAGAAGGGAAGCCUCUCGCUCUUCCUGUCCGGACGUCCUACAAAGCUUUCAGCACCAGGUGGAACUGGAAUGAAUGGUUAAAACUGCCAGUCAAGUACCCUGAUUUGCCCCGGAAUGCUCAGGUGGCCUUGACAAUAUGGGAUGUCUAUGGACCUGGCAAAGCAGUGCCUGUUGGUGGAACAACAGUCUCCCUCUUUGGGAAAUAUGGGAUGUUCCGGCAAGGGAUGCAUGAUCUGAAAGUAUGGCCCAACGUGGAAGCAGAUGGUUCUGAGUCCACUAAGACUCCUGGGAAAACAAGCAGUACGUUUUCAGAAGACCAGAUGAGUCGGUUAGCCAAGCUCACGAAAUCUCACAGGCAGGGGCACAUGGUCAAAGUCGAUUGGCUGGAUCGGUUGACCUUUCGAGAAAUUGAAAUGAUCAACGAGAGCGAGAAGCGGAGUUCUAAUUUUAUGUAUUUGAUGAUUGAAUUCCGUUGUGCCAAAUGCGAUGACAAAGAAUACGGGAUAGUGUAUUAUGAGAAGGAUGGUGAUGAGGCAUCUCCAAUUUUCACAAGCUCAGAGAUUGUUAAGGUUCCAGAUCCCCAGAUGUCUAUGGAAAACUUGGUGGAAAGUAAACAUCACAAGCUUGCAAGGAGCUUAAGAAGCGGCCCGUCUGACCAUGAUCUUAAACCCAAUGCUGCUACCCGAGAUCAGCUUAAUAUCAUUGUGAGUUACCCACCUACAAAGCAACUAACUUAUGAAGAACAGGAUCUGGUGUGGAAGUUUCGAUACUAUCUUACCCACCAGGAAAAGGCAUUGACCAAAUUCUUGAAGUGUGUCAACUGGUAUCUUCCUCAAGAAGCAAAGCAAGCUCUGGAGCUCUUGGGCAAAUGGAAGCCAAUGGAUGUAGAGGACUCCCUGGAGCUUCUGUCCUCACAGUUCACCAAUCCAACAGUGCGCCGCUAUGCUGUGGCCAGGUUGCAGCAAGCUGAUGACGAGGAUCUACUGAUGUAUCUACUGCAGCUUGUCCAGGCUCUGAAAUAUGAAAAUUUUGAUGAUAUCAAGAGUGGGUUAGAGCCCACAAAAAAGGAAACUCAAGGACCAGUGUCAGAGAAUAUGGCCACAUCUGGAACGAAUGCUUCUGAAAUAGACAGUUCGCAGAUCAUCACGAGUCCUCUGCCCCUCAUUUCAUCCCCACUACCAACAGCAAAAGCAAAAGAAUCGGUUGACAAUGAAAAUCUUGAGCAAGACCUUUGCACAUUCUUAAUAUCAAGAGCAUGCAAGAAUUCCACACUGGCAAACUAUUUGUACUGGUACGUGAUUGUCGAAUGCGAAGAUCGAGACACUCAGCAGAGGGACCCCAGGACUCAUGAAAUGUACCUGAAUGUCAUGCGUAGGUUUAGUCAAGCCCUCUUAAAGGGAGAUAAGUCAGUCCGGGUGAUGCGUUCCUUGCUGGCCGCCCAACAGACCUUUGUGGAUCGGUUGGUCCACCUAAUGAAAGCAGUGCAGCGUGAAAGUGGGAAUCGGAAAAAAAAAAAUGAGAGAUUACAGGCUCUUCUGGCAGACAAUGAGAAGAUGAAUUUAUCAGAUAUUGAGCCUAUUCCUCUGCCUCUCGAACCCCAAGUGAAAAUUAGAGGAAUAAUCCCUGAGAAAGCGACUCUGUUCAAGAGUGCCCUCAUGCCAGCUCAGCUGUUCUUCAGGACCGAAGAUGGGGAUAAAUACCCUGUAAUAUUCAAACACGGGGAUGACUUACGUCAAGAUCAACUCAUUCUCCAGAUCAUUUCAUUGAUGGACAAGCUCUUACGCAAAGAGAACCUGGAUUUGAAGCUGACUCCCUACAAAGUGUUGGCUACCAGCACAAAGCAUGGUUUCAUGCAGUUCAUCCAGUCGGUACCAGUGGCAGAGGUUCUCGCUACUGAGGAAAGCAUCCAGAACUUCUUCCGGAAAUACGCGCCGAGCGAAACGGGGCCCCACGGAAUAAGUGCAGAAGUUAUGGACACGUAUGUGAAAAGCUGCGCUGGAUAUUGUGUGAUCACAUAUAUACUAGGAGUUGGGGAUAGACAUCUGGAUAACCUUUUGCUCACCAAGACAGGCAAACUUUUCCACAUUGACUUUGGCUACAUUUUGGGACGUGAUCCGAAGCCUCUUCCUCCACCCAUGAAGCUGAAUAAGGAAAUGGUGGAAGGGAUGGGAGGGACGCAGAGUGAACAAUAUCAGGAAUUCCGCAAGCAGUGCUACACAGCGUUCCUUCAUCUCCGCAGAUAUUCCAACUUGAUUUUGAACUUGUUCUCUCUUAUGGUUGAUGCCAACAUUCCAGACAUCGCUCUUGAACCUGACAAGACAGUCAAAAAAGUUCAAGACAAGUUCCGUCUGGACCUCUCUGACGAGGAGGCAGUACACUAUAUGCAGAGUUUGAUUGAUGAAAGUGUCCAUGCUCUCUUUGCAGCAAUGGUGGAACAGAUCCAUAAGUUUGCUCAGUACUGGAGAAAAUGAGCUCCCAUCACUUCUGAAGGCAAGAAUUCAUGCUCAGCUGCUCUGUUAAACUGCUGAAGAUAACAUCAAGCAAGGAUGUAGCUUUGCUAGCUUGGAUAAUCAAUUGAUCAAGAAUUGCCAUUCACACUAGGUCAAGGGUUUAUAUCCCUCACUCUCGGUAUAUCAACCACAGUUUGGAAAACAGAGCAGUGCCCUCCAGAGCCAAAAUGAUAAGAAGAAAGCAAGUGUUUUCUGGCUUUUAAAGGACCUCUGCGUGCCUAUUAUUGUGGUUUGUUUGGGAAAAAAACGCGAAAUGUACUCUUGCACUUAACUUGGACUAUGUGGUUCCUCUAGAAGAACACACCUAUAGAAAGGCAAGUGUUGUCGAAGCCUGUGAACUUGGAACUGAAGUUUGGGGUUAUUUCUAAAACUUGUCCAAAUGGAGUUGGCCCUUCCUUUUAGAGUGGGUUAGAUCCUAUAGACUCCUUUUAGAGAAAGGGAUCCUAUUAGCUAUCAACAGAUCUGGCCUUUAGGGCAAAGCAAAGUGCUGAAAGAUAUCAACAAUGGACUUAAAAGGCCUGACAGGGAGAGAGAAUGUUUUCACUUUCCUUAUAAUUAACAAGGUACGUUGACUGUAUAUGCCAGGUCUAAUAAAAUGGUUUCGAUGCAA